CUCGGCAAUUGCUGUUAUUCAUCUGCACACGUCGGACAAGUCGAGUUCAACGAUUCAACUUUACUGCACCACCAAGGCGAUUCACACUGCACCGAACGAUGGCUUUCCACGUACUUUUCGCUACCGCUGUCCUGUGCCUGACAGCACUGUCCGUCUCUGCCAAAGCCUCUCCUCAACAGGUAUUCGCAGAACAUCAUCCAGUGACUGAGACAUGUUUGGGAUGCCUUUGCGACGCCAUCGGCGAGUGUACGCCCAACAUGAAGUGCAGCGGAGAUGUAUGCGGUAUGUUCGGUAUAACAUGGCCGUAUUGGUCUGAUUCUGGAAAACCGGUUGUUGAAGGAAGUAAUCCACACGACUCAGACGCUUACUCGAAAUGUGCCAACGACCCUCAAUGCGCCAAAAAAUCAGUGAUUGGUUACAUGGCCAGAUUCGCUCAGGACUGCAACAACGACGGGGUCAUUGAUUGCAAGGAUUACGCGGCCAUCCACAAACUCGGAGGUUUCGGAUGCAGAGGAAUCCUGCCCCAUGACUUCCAAGUACGAUUCUUGGCUUGCCAAAGUACUGUUCAGAACCUAUCGGGAUAGACUGGCGUCACAAUAAUCUUAAACGUUAUUAUGAUUGCUGCCCGACGAUCCACAGUCCAGACCUCGUCUUAUUAUGCUCAACGGCGAGCGCCUGAACUGCAGUGAUGCGACGAAAGCCCGCCUAUACCUAAUUUAAAACACUAUUUUCAAUUUUCUUGUGAAAAGUAUUUAUCAUACAUACCACUAUUAUAAUAAUAGUUGGAUUUGAUGUUUUUCAAAAUAAUAAAAACCUAAUUUAAAUUAUUUUGGGUUUCUGUGUAUUCAAAAUGUCGAUAUUUUAAAAUAAAUUGUAUGUUAACCCACAUA